AUGUCGAGUGUUACUCUUUUACUACGUGCUGUUUGGCAACGAUAUCAUAUGCAUCGACAGAUUCAAUGGCGACAAUACCGAAAAAUGACACUUCAAGUCAUAAUUAUAUCAACAAUUUAUUUAAUGUUACCGUUUCCUUCUACGAUUAUAAACUUUCUUCAUGUCUGUGGUAUGUCAGCUGAUAUUGGAGCUGUGUUUUUAUCACGUACAAUGUUUUUCACAUAUUAUACAUUAUUUCUUUUUCCAAUAGUCUCUGUUGGUGCACUAUCAGAACUACGUGAAAAAGUGAAGAAUAUUAUACGAUUUCGCCAACAACGACGUAUUGGUGGUAUAUUAAUUAACACAAGAGCACACAUGACAGAUAAUCGAGUAUUUCUUCGAUGA